CUUCCCCGGCGGCCGAGCGGCACUCAUCCGCCGCGCCGCGGCUCUCGGGCCGCUGCGAACGACUUUGCAGCGCACCCGGGCAGCCCCCAGGCGCCGUCGACGCUGCCCCACCACAGCGACGAUGCCCGAGAAGCGCCUCACGCGAAGCAACCACCGGACCCAGCAAGCAUUAACAAAUCACCCGGCCAUCAUCGCCUAUGUGUGUGUAGGACUCGUCUUUUGUAUUGUAAGUUGCUUCAAAGUCUUCGGCCAUAGACGGAGGAGAAAGUUCAGCAAGAAGCAAUUGGACCGGUUGCGGGACUGGCGCGAUGGGCGCGCGGAAACCAAAGUAGAAUCCCAAAUACGCAAGAUGAAGGACAAACUCAAGACCAUGAAGCAGCGGCGACGGUUAGAAAGAGGGAGAGAUGCGCAUGAGCGACUGUUGGACGAGGCGGAGGCGCGGCGGGACGCUCGAGGUCGAGAGGUCUACGGCGACGAGUGGGACAAUCCGGACAACGACGGUACGUAGACAGCGUCCUUUCAACGAGUGCGUGCUUGCAUUGCGGUGCAGCACCCGAAGACGUCGGUCCCUGUUGAGGGAGUCUCUCCACCAAAGUUCGGUGACGAACAUCAAUACCAAAAAAUGAGAAUAGGUCAAGACUGAUACGUCGUGACGACGAGAGACGCCCGAGAACAUCACCGAGAGAGAGAGUUUCAGACGACGCGCGCCGCAGUGUAUGAUCGUCAAACGCGCAGGCGUGCCCAUCCGCGACCUGUUUGCGCUCAGCGACGGCGAAGUAAGGCAGUUGCAGCUCGAAGCGCGCAAUAAACGAGCUCUGGACGCGGCGAAGAAGCUUGAACUCGUGGAACGGUCAAAACCCAAACCGCCGCCCGGGCCGCCGCCUCCCACGAAGAAGCCGCCGCCGCCCCCGGGACCGCCGCCGGGCGUCUACCCCUUCACACCUAGACCGCCGGAGAUCCCAGCAGGUACUCGGUUCGUGUCGACGCCGCGCGAGGCGUUCGGCGGCGUCGAGGAGGAGAAGGGCGGGAGUGCUGUUCAACAGCUCCGGGCGCGGCUCCAAUCACCACGACGUGGACCGCGGGGGCCUCCACCCCGAGGACCGCCGCCGCCGGAGCGCGGCGCGCGCGGGCCCCAGCUUGUGUGAGUAAUGUGUGUAGUUUG